AUGUCUGAACCUUCCGCAAAGAAAGAUGACCGUCCGAUCGUGUGGUUUGACAUUGAUAACACACUAUAUUCUGCGAGCACGAAGAUAUCGCAGGCCAUGGGCCAGCGAAUUCAUGCUUACUUUCUAACCCUUGGACUCGAUGACGAUGCCGCGUCGGAACUUCAUCACCGAUACUACACGCAGUAUGGCUUGGCCCUGCGCGGAUUAACGAGACACCAUCAAAUCGACCCCAUAGACUUUGACCGUAAAUGCGAUGGGUCUCUACCACUUGAAGACAUGAUCUUCCCAAGUGAAUCCUUGCGGCAAUUGUUCCUGGAUAUAGAUCGGAGUAAAUUUCGAGUAUGGGCCCUCACUAAUGCCUACCGUACGCAUGCAGAAAGAGUCCUGAAGAUUCUUAACCUCACCGAUCAGAUCGAUGGACUCGUGUUUUGUGACUAUGCAGAACCAAACUUCGUGUGCAAACCCGAGCCAGCAUUCUAUGAACAGGCCUUGAAAGUUGCAAACAUCUCCGAUCCCACUCUUUGUUACUUCAUUGACGACAACAAAUCGAAUGUCCUAGCUGCCAAGCAAUUAGGAUGGGGACGAUGUGUACAUUUCUGUGAACAUGGCCUAGAGUCAGUCGAGGGAGGCAAGAAACUCGUCAUCAAUAACUCCGACGUCGGUAGUAGUGAAAUUGUGUCGGUGACCAACUUAGAAGAACUUCGGUCAGUUUGGCCGGAGGUAUUCAAGCAAUAG